AUGCACUUCCUUCUUGCUCUCGUCCUUUCGGCGCCCUGGCGGCGCCCGAGCCUCUUGCUGAGGGGGAUCCUUCUGUGGGUGCCCGGUUCGACUGGACUCGUCGAGGUCAGCACGACCAUCACCACCUGUCCAAAGGAUGAACUGAGCUGUGGUUGCAAGUAUGUCCUUUUCCACCGAGUCUGCAUCGCAUGGCACUGCAAUUGCGCCUCUUUCCAGCACUGUUACACCGUCUCCAACUUCUGGAACUGGAGUGAUGCCCACGGCCUCUUCGAGUACUCCUUCGGGCAGUUUGGAGCAUUUCAACCGGCCCUCGGAGUUCUGGCUCUACUCUGGACCUCUGACUUCUACAUCUAUAACUUCGUUUUCGGGAGCUCCGUCAUCAUCGGUCAUUCCCAGCCGAUCCACGGCCCUGUCCCCCACCUCAACUUCUACACCCUCGUCUACUUCAGAUCCCCAACUGCUACACCAACUACACCCAAUCAGACUCCUAGCUCGAGUCUAAGCUCAAACGGAAACACUUCUGAAUCUCCAACGACACCUCUGCCAACCCUGACCAGCAGCAGCACAACCUCGUUCACCGUCUCAACAUCUACUUCUCUCCCGCCAUGCGCAAGCUGCAACCCGCUGGCUGGCCAGAACCAGCGUGAUAUCACCACCUCUAAGCAGCUAUUUCUGGUUAAAAUUUUAGACCACAAUGUCAAUCUAUAA